CGCCCCGGCAGAAAGAAGGGAACGCGGAAGGGAGAGCCCCAGAGCCCGUCGGGCCGCGCCGGAGGAGGAGGGAAGGCGAGCGAGGCGGCCCCGAGAGCCGGCCGGGCGGAGGAAUCGUGCUCGCGUCGCCCCAACUUUACGCGCGGGAGAGGCGCGCGGGGCGGGGGCGCUUGCCCAGCCCAGGCCCCCGGGAACCCCCCAGGCAGCCCUUCGCCGCGCCGCGCCGCGCCGCGGGAGACUCGCUCGCCAUGAAGGCGGCCGUGGACCUGAAGCCCACCCUGACCCUCAUCAAGACGGAGAAAGUCGACGUGGAUCUCUUCCCUUCUCCGGAUAUGGAAUGUGCAGAUGUGCCUUUGUUAACUCCGAGCAGCAAAGAAAUGAUGUCACAGGCAUUAAAAGCCACUUUCAGCGGCUUUGCGAAGGAGCAGCAACGCUUGGGAAUUCCCAAAGAUCCGCAGCAGUGGACGGAGACCCACGUACGGGACUGGGUGAUGUGGGCAGUGAACGAGUUCAGUCUGAAGGGUGUGGACUUCCAGAAGUUCUGUAUGAACGGAGCUGCCUUGUGUGGCCUAGGCAAAGACUGCUUCAUUGAACUGGCGCCAGACUUCGUAGGAGAUAUCCUCUGGGAACACCUGGAGAUCCUGCAGAAAGAGGAGAUAAAGCCAUACCCAGUGAACGGCGUGAACCCCGCUUAUCCGGAAUCCCGCUAUACAUCAGAUUACUUCGUUAGUUAUGGUAUUGAGCAUGCUCAGUGUGUUCCUCCCUCAGAGUUCUCAGAGCCCAGUUUCAUCACAGAGUCUUACCAGACACUCCAUCCAAUCAGCUCGGAAGAGCUCCUGUCCCUCAAAUACGAGAACGACUACCCGUCCGUCAUCCUUCGUGACCCAGUGCAGAUGGACGCCUUGCAGACAGACUACUUCACAAUUAAGCAGGAAGUUGUAACUCCGGACAACAUGUGCAUGGGGCGCGCCAGCCGAGGCAAACUCGGUGGCCAGGAUUCCUUUGAGAGCAUAGAGAGCUACGACAGUUGUGACCGGCUGACACAGUCCUGGAGCAGCCAGUCAUCCUUCCAGAGUCUACAACGCGUCCCUUCUUAUGACAGCUUUGAUUCCGAGGACUACCCAGUUGCCUUGCCCAAUCACAAGCCCAAGGGCACUUUUAAGGACUAUGUUCGAGACCGAGCCGACAUGAACAAGGACAAGCCUGUCAUCCCUGCUGCUGCCCUGGCUGGCUACACAGGUAGUGGACCUAUUCAACUGUGGCAAUUCUUGCUGGAGCUUCUCACGGAUAAGUCCUGUCAGUCCUUUAUCAGCUGGACAGGUGACGGUUGGGAAUUCAAGCUCUCCGAUCCUGAUGAGGUUGCAAGAAGAUGGGGCAAGAGGAAAAACAAGCCAAAAAUGAACUACGAGAAAUUGAGCCGUGGAUUGCGCUAUUACUAUGACAAGAACAUAAUCCACAAGACUGCAGGAAAACGGUACGUUUACCGUUUUGUGUGCGAUCUGCAGAGCUUGCUGGGGUACACGCCAGAGGAGCUCCAUGCCAUGUUGGAUGUCAAACCCGAUGCCGACGAAUGAAUGGAAGACUUGGACUGGAAAGAAAAUCCUUGCGGAAAAUCCCGUGUGUCCAUCUAGAAAACCUAUUGGACUUUUAACAUGUAUUGUUCCUUUUUCACUGCCAUGAUUUUCCUUUAAAAAGAAACUCAAAAUUUGCAUUGGCGGCACAGGGAUGGGAUAUACUAAGCUUUUAGAUGAAACUGUGACAUAGUUUUAUUUGGGAGGAGGGAGAAAGAGCUUUCACAUGAAUGUUUUUGAAGAGUUUUAUAGGAGGAUGAAAUUUUAAAAGUCUGGAAAAUAAGAGCUUAAAAGUUGUUUUCUAAAACCACCCUGUUGCAAUUAUUUAAUGCAUUUAUUAAUCAGCCACAAUCUGGUGUCAUAGCUGACAAUCCACCAGGUUGAAAGUCUCCCAAGGAAAGGUUUUUGGGAGAGCAAGGAGGAUAGCCCAAGGGCACAGAAUGUUCUGUACCGCAGGGAAAACAUGUCAGAAUAACCAAUAACUGUGGUCCUAGCUAACUUUGCAUUUCAGAAAGGCAAAUUUUUGUCAGGAGGGACCAAAUCUUUUUUUUUAUUAUUUGUAAAAAAAAAUAUUUUAUUAAAUUUUGUGCCAGUAUUUUUUUGAAAAAAAUAGUCUUAAGCUCUAAGAUGGUCUCAGUAUUGCAAUAUUGUGUAUUGUUUGUUUUUGUUAUGACAGCUGCAAGUUUUAUCUGCAUUGAGGAAAAGAUGACAGAAUUGAUGCAGACCCCACCAGAAACAGAUAGAUGUAACGGCUUUGAUCGAAAAUCAAGAUCAAACCAGGGGAUGAAAUAAUAUGGUUGUUAGCGUUGGAGCCUCCUGCACUUUACUGUAUUUUUCUGUCUCUUGAGCCAGUGGAUCUGGAUUUGGAGUAAGGGUCCAUAGCUCAGUGGUAAAGCACAGACUUUGCAUGCAUACAACCUCCUGGUUUACACAGAGGAUCUCAGGAUAUUGGCUUGGGAAAGACCAUUGCCAGAAAUACUGGCAAAUCACACCUGCUUAAGGAUAAAGCAGCAUUCUUUGUCCAUGUGUUUGGGUCAACAAUUUCAUCCCUACAACGGGAUUUUAUUGAGUUUUUCUCCACAUUUCUCAAUUCUUUCCAAAAUAGUUUAGAGCAAAAGUUUUUUUAAAAAAAAAUUCCAGUAUUGAAAAUUAAGAUUGUUUCAUCCCUCAACGCGGUGAAUGAGCUAAAUCACAGUCCAGUUCUAAGGAGAUAGAUCAAGAUGGGUAGCCGUGUUAGUCUGUGUGUAGCAGAAAAGAGCAAGAGUCCAGUAGCAACUAUAAGACUAACAAAAUUUGUGGUAGGGUAUGAGCUUUUGGGAGUCACAGGUCACUUCAGUAUCUCACAAAAGCUCCAUACCCUACCACAAAUUUUGUUAGUCUUAUACGUGCUACAAGACUCUUGCUCUUCUCUAAUUCUAAGGAGAAUAACAUCCCUCUAACCUCAUUGACUUUAAUUUGUCCAUCACCUAUCUAUUGUUGGCCAUUGGUUCACUAGCUGACAGGAAGAAUUGUUAACUGAGACCCAAGCUACAAGUGACGCCUUACACAGGUUGGACACUUGUCAGCUUCCCUCAAG